AAUCGAGCGUAGCGUUGUUUACUUAAAUAUUUUGGAGGCAAUUUGUUUAAAUUGUUCAAGCGACUAUAAAAUGCAACCAAAAGUGUGUCGUACGUGUGGUAAAAUCACAAAUAGGGAGAGAUCGAUGAAUAUAUUUGAAAAACACAAUGAAAACACAUUGGAGCACAUAAAAUUACUAACUGGGGUUUUGUUGGAGAACUGUACCAGUCUGCCCAUUUUAUUGUGCAUGUCGUGCCAAACACGCGUAAAACAAGCCAUAUCCUUUCGGAAUCGAUGUCUGGAAGUUCAACGGGAGCUCCUCGAAUCCAUGAAUGAAAAGGAGCUCAUGAAAGUCCCCCAUGACUACAGAAGGAUCUUUGAGCCGGAGGAUCACUUGGACCACACACAAAUCAGUAUUGAAAUCGAGCGAAUAGACUAUGGCGAUGUAGAUCCUAGUGGAACGUCGUACAUCAAAUUGGAAAGCAACCUCAGUGAAUCAAAAGUAAAUGAGAAUGGGGCUGAUGACGACGAUGUCACUUAUGAUGAAGUGGAUUACCUCAUUUAUGAGAGCGAUGAAGAUGUGCUUGAACAACCAGGACAAAAACCAAGCCUUCAGAAACCCAAAACAAGAAGAAUACGAAGGAAACCCGGUGAAUCCAAUGGCACCUACGUUUGCGAGGAGUGCGGAAAUAACGUCAAAGGACGAAUAGCAUUUAUGCUGCAUUGCAAGCGACAUCGCGGCGUCAAGGAUUUUGAAUGCGAAUUCUGUCCGGAUCGCUUCUGUACGCCGGCCGAACUUAAGCGUCACACGCGGAAGCACACCGGAGAGAAGCCAUUUGCGUGUCGGCACUGUUCCCGCAGUUUCUCAGACUACAGCACGCGGUUGAAGCACGAGCGGACCCAUACAAACGAGCGCCCAUUUGCCUGCAAAGAAUGCAAGAGCUCCUUUACCACCGCCUAUAUUCUAAAGAACCAUAUGCUUGUACACACUGGAGAGAGGGCUUUCAGGUGCAACUUGUGCAAUAAGUCCUUCAGUCGCGACACACAUCUCAACACUCACUACCGCUCAAAUGCUCACAAGCGCAACAUGCAAAGGGAGGGCUUAGUCAUCAAUCAGGACUCAGAAGAGGGAAUAUAACAGUGCUAUUAGAAUGUAACUCAUUAGUAAUGCGAACUUUACUUAAGGAUCUAGUAACUACAGA